UUUAUUUAUAUAGUUUAUACAAAAUUGAGAGCGAGCAUAGAAGGUAGAAGGUGUUAUCGAUUUUGUGUGAGGCAAAACACAAGACACUGAGGAAAAGGUCUCUUAGUUCGAACCAACAUGAGUUUUCUGUUCGGCAAUAGAAAAACUCCCGCAGAGCUUUUGAGGGAGAACAAAAGGAUGCUGGACAAGUCCAUUAGAGAAAUAGAAAGGGAAAGACAAGGCUUGCAGAAUCAAGAAAAGAAAUUGAUUGUCGAGAUUAAGAAGAAUGCCAAACAAGGACAGAUGGGGGCAGUGAGAGUGAUGGCCAAGGAUCUCAUCAGGACUCGCCAUCAGAUUGAAAAAUUUUACAAGCUCAAAUCGCAACUUCAGGGUGUUUCUUUGAGAAUUCAGACGCUAAAAUCCACUCAAGCAAUGGGGGAGGCCAUGAAAGGAGUUACUAAAGCAAUGGGUCAAAUGAAUAGGCAGAUGAAUUUGCCUUCGUUACAGAAGAUAAUGCAAGAAUUUGAAAGGCAGAAUGAGAAGAUGGAACUGGUUUCUGAGGUAAUGGGAGAUGCAAUUGACGAUGCUUUGGAAGGUGAUGAAGAGGAGGAAGAGACAGAAGAUCUUGUUAAUCAGGUUCUUGAUGAGAUCGGAAUUGAUAUCAACUCUGAGCUUUUGAAUGCACCUGCAUCAACCUCUGUCACUGCACCAGCGGCAAAUAACAGGGUUGCUCAAGCUGAAUCAACAGGCCAUGAAGACAGUGGAAUAGAUGACGAUCUACAGGCUAGGUUAAAUAACCUGAGAAAAAUGUGAAGAGUCCAAGGGGAAGGUCUUCACAGAACCAUUGAAAAUAAUGAUUGUAUAUGAAAUUAGGAUGUGUUUUAUUCUGAUUUUACCAUCAUGUCUGAAGCUAACAUAUAUAUGUAAAGAGUAAAGAGUAAUAUCACAAGUUGAAUUUCAUGAAUACA